UCUAGGAUUUUGAUUCUAUCUGUUCAUAUUAUUUUAGUCGCUUUAUUUGUGAUCUAGUUUUUGAGUCGUUUUGGUUCUUUUCCUACUAAACCCAACUUCAUAACUCGCCUUAAGUUUGGCUUCUACCCCGUAACUGCAACAACUACACCAUGAUUUUUUCUUGGGUGGUUUCAUGACAAUUUGAUUAGUUUUGUUGCUGUUUUUUUUUUAACUUUACCACCCACUUUCAAUGGCACCAAGCAGCGGAAGAGGCAAAACAACAAGAAAAGCAAGCAAGCACAGAAGAAGAAGAGACACGAAGAAGCUUGUGAAGUCCAACAACUUCAAUACUCAAACGACAUCACCAGUGUCGGAGGAUUUGCGUUCUGAGAUGGAUGGAUUCGAUCAUAGUGAAGGAGUCGAUGAUAUCGCUACUGCAUGUCCAUGCUCCACACCAAAAGCUAAAAGGUUUCGGAUACCAGAGAUCGACACAUGCCCUCCAGCACCCAAGAAGCGAAGACCCCUUCCCUCAAAUUGCUCAUUGCGAAGAACUCCUAUUGCUUUCUUUGCUCCUCCAGAUAUAGAGCUCUUCUUCGUCUGUGCAUUUAGAGACAUCUCAGUCUGAUGAUAAGUUCUAGCUU